AUGUCGGCGUCACGAUCUUUUGCGACUUGCUUGGCCAAGCUCCCAGCUACGGCAUGCCGAACAACACAGCCUAUGCGCUUUAGCCAAAACAUUAUGUCGCAAGCUUCUCGAAGUCAAUUCGCUGUAAUCCCUCGAGCUGUCCGAUUUUCGCCCGUUUCCCGAAGAGCUUUCACUACGUCAACGCAAAGACGACACGGACAUAUCGACCCUCCAAAGCCGGGUGAGGAACUCUAUGUUACUUUCAUUGAGAAGGAUGGCACAGAAAAUAAGUUUGCUGUUUCAGAGGGAGACAACCUUCUCGAUAUCGCCCAAGCCAACGACCUGGAGAUGGAGGGCGCGUGUGGAGGAUCUUGCGCCUGCUCGACAUGCCAUGUGAUCGUUGCCGAUGACGAAUACUUCGACAAGAUGCCCGAGCCCGAGGAUGACGAGAAUGAUAUGUUGGAUCUGGCAUUCGGACUUACCGAGACGAGUCGGCUGGGCUGCCAAGUGAAGAUGACCAAGGAGAUGGAUGGUUUGGUGGUGAAGCUGCCCUCCAUGACGAGGAACCUGCAAGCGAGCGAUUUCAGCUAA